AGCAGGGUACAUACAGAAAUACAUGUACUAUGUAGGCCUGUAACGAUAACAAAUUUUGCUGGACGAUUAAUUUACCAAGAAUUUAUUGUGAUAAACGAUAAUAUUGACAUUUUGAGACCAAUUUCAACUAAUAUAAUGACCAUGGAAUAAAAAUGCAAAUACAUCCUCUCAAUGAUCAAUAAACCUUACUUUCUAAAGAACAUUUAACACAGGAACUGUAAGACAAAAAAAACCAAACAAAAAAACAACAGGUCUAAAUAAAACAGACUUAACACAGAACUAGCCUAAUGUGUCUGGCUCACAGCAAGGACUUGUUAACAAAAAUGCACUUAAAUAAACCACUGUUGAACCAAAUACAACCAAAGCAAUAAAUAAAAUGGAUUAUUAAGUCUCCGUAACAAAAUUGUGAUUUUAGUUACUGACUUACAUUGGAAUAUUGUGUCUCGUCUCUCUCUGGCUGCUGCUGUGAGCCUCGUCAUUUUGGUCUUUAAGUGUUCAUAUUAACACAGGAUCCUGUUUCUCUAUGAGGGAGCCUCUGUCCUGGCUGGUGUCAUGUCGGUUCGGUUUCGGGAUUUCGGGUUCUCCCGGGCGCUAUGCUAGUUGUGUCGCUCGGGUUUGGGUUUAUGUCGGCUGUUGGGGUUUGGGACAUUUCUUCUCGUUUGCGCUCGCUGCAUUUGACGCACGCGGCUGUUGAGACGUGUCCCGCUCACCAGUGUUGAUUCGGCAUCGUGACUUGUUUUGGCGAUGAACGGAGAUGAACAGUUUUGUCACUCUGACAGCGGCGCUAGCUUGUGUUGCUAGCGCACCGCACAGACAGCGGCUUUCUGCAUUUGCAGAAUUUGGAUUUGCAGAAAGCGCGCAGACUACGCGCGCAUCCACUGUGUUGAUAAACACAGCGCACGUUGGUUCAAGCGUCAUUACAUUUGUUAAACGAGAGGAGUCAGAGAGCGAUAGAAUCCUUCUAACAUUCACCCUCUUUGAGAGCGAGAAAGAGCGAGAGAGAACAAACAAGCAUGCAACUAAAAUUUAUCGUGGCUGGAAAAGUGAUCGAGCUCGUUAUCGUACGAUUAAUCGAUUUAUUGAUUAUCGUUACAGGCCUAAUACUAUGUGUGGACUGAAUGAACGGUCUAGAGGUGCUGUGAUCAGAAUUUGUUUUGAGGCUAUUAUCAGUCAUCUUAAAUGAGCACUAUGCAACCUUACAGGUUUCGUAUCCGCUUCUAGCUUGUCUCCAUGGAGAUGUUAUUGCUUUGCCAAGAAUGUUACACAGUAUGGAAUUAAUUUAAUCCAGAUAAUCAUCAGGCCAAGUAAGAAUUCAAAUGACAGUAAGAAUGCAUGUUUUCAAGGUAGCUCCCUUAAUGAGUAAUACUGUGGAACAUUCCAGGCAAAGCAAAAAUGACAAGCAGAUGAUAGAAAAGUUACAACAUGCAUAUUUAAUUUUGGAUUGGCAGAUACUGAUCACACUGACAAACAAUUUAUUUGUAGAAAAAAUGACUGGCUUUCUGUGAUGGGCCAGUGAUAAUCUGUGAUGAUCUGCAGCCGAUUGAUGGAGCACUAAACAGAGCAUCAUGCUCACUAAAUGUUACCUUUCCUUUCCUUUUCCUUUGGUAACAAUAAAAUCUUAUUAGAUUGAAUAAAAUAUUUAAUCUAAUAAGUAAGUUUAACCCAGGGCUCAGACUGCACACAACGCUCUGGUCCGGUGGUCACGAGUAUUCCGUAUGAGGAAAAGUGGUCCGUACUGUCUGGAGGAGCUAUGGAUCUCUGGUGUAGUCUGAGCGAAGUGUAAUAAAUAAAAAUGCAUGCUUUUAGUUCACAUUGUGAAUCUUUGUAACAAUUUUAUUGCAAUCAUCUGUAUAUGCUCUUAAAUAUAAAUACGCUUUCAUGUUAUGACUUUUUAAAUACGUAACAACCUUGUGUCUAAUGGUACUGAUCUAGUUCAGUUUGAAGUAUCUGGCUUAGAUAGCAAUUCAGAACAUUGAAAUUAAAGUUCCAUCAAAGGGCAAUUUUUUUCAGUAUAUUGAUACCUGCAAAAAAAAACAAAAAAAAACAAACUAAUAUAUAUAUACUAAUUUUUGAAUUUACUGGUAUUUGGAUAUUUUUGACAACCUGUAUUCUAGAUAAUGUAGUCAGACUGUCAACUGAUAUAAUAUGGUCGUAAAAGUCCAAACAGAGAAGACGUGUAUUGUUAACUUCAAAGCAGAUCUCAUGACGGCUGUGAUCCUGACAUGAGCUGUUACAGAGCACACAGGGGGAAUAUUACAGAGAUGAAAGCUUUUGACAGAGGAGCACAUUGUCAACAAAAUACAGCUAUCAUUUUAACAUAUGCCAUAUCAUUUGUUCUAUUCAGAUUGUACAAUAUGUGUCUUUACACUGAAGCGAACUACUCUCUUUUGCACAAGUGGGACUACAGCGCCACCAGAUGGACAAAUCAAGACAAUUUCGCUCACAUAAGAGGAACAUGCACUUGAUCUGAGUAGGCAUUUCAUUUAAGGAAGAGCUAACGGUAACACACAGACCACAUGAAGGACUUCGUGAAAAUGAGUGGUUUGUAGUGACCAACUGUACAUAUAUUUAAAAAGCAAAUGGAUUACAGCUCUUCACCAUCGGUUAACAGCAUGCAUGCUUCUUCCUCUGUCUCUCUUUGCCCUACCCCUGCUACUCUCAUCUUCCUUCCUUUGGUGUACACCCUCCUCUUCCUCACUGCUGUCCCUGGCAACAUUCUUUCCCUUUGGAUCUUCCAUCACCGCAUCUCCAAUGUAUCCCCCAUUAACAUUUACCUAUCACACCUCAGCCUGUCCAACCUUAUCCUCUCACUCACUACGCCUUUUCUUGGUGCUUACUACGCUUGGGGCAUCACAUGGACAUUUCGGGGCGUCCUAUGCCAGCUUGUAUUGCACGGCGCUACCCCAAUUUUACACAUUAACAUCUACAUUGGCGUUAUGAUCUUAACUUGGGUGGCAGUUAGUCGCUUGGUCUCUCUUCUGCAGCAUACUCACGCAGCCAGACCAAGUGCGUGUCUAGCUCUGAUGCCGACCAGAUUAACUCAUUGUCUCAAAAAAGUUUCAUUCGCACGGGGAGUGUGUAUUGCAGUGUGGUUAAUAAAUGUAGGUGCCAUUGUACCUGUAACUGUAUUUUACAGUGUCAAAGAAGCAAUAAGUGCAAAUGAGACAAAAUCUGACAAGGAGGUUUGCUACAACCCCACAGUAGAAAUUGGAGCCAAUACGUCAGCAGCGUGCAAUUUAGCGGCUAUAACUAUUUUCUAUGUCUGCUAUGCUCUGGUGCUAUUGUCCUACAUGACUGUGCUCAGACACAUUAGGCGCUCACGGAAAAGUGCUCAUAUCGCCACGUCGCAAAGCUUGCUGGGAAGAGUGCUGAGGAAUAUUGUGGUCGUCCAGAUUGUCCUUUCUGUGUGUUUACUCCCUUAUCACAUCUUCAAACCCAUCUUCAUUUCUCUGGCCUCUAAACAAGCUCAGCUAAUGCCUGGUCAUGACUGCCAUCCACUCUCUGGCCUGGUUGAGGUAAAGAACAGCCUGCUCCUUCUGGCAGCACUGAGAGGAUCCACUGACCCUGUGAUGUAUUUCCUUCUGGACAAAACAUUUCGACAGCAGACUCUCAAACUGUUUGGAAAGAAGCAGAGCACUUCAGGGAUAUGGUUAUGGACCGUGAGUGGGACUGCUAAACCCGGACAACUUGGAGAUAGCACCAGGACCCCUGCAAACUCCAGUCAUGAAAGUGCUUUCUAAAGUGUUGUAAGCAGCAGCAGGGAGUGACUUGUCAAGCAACUUUUGCUUAAAUGCAAUGCCACAAAUAAACACAAAUAUUUACAAUACAUCUUUAAAUACUGUAUAUAGCAUUUGUUUAUUGCAUGUAUAUUUCCGUCCCACAUUCUUAUACUAAAGCUAAAAAGGUAAUUUCUCUCUGCCAUGACUGUGCCUAAUAUUGAGUAACAAAUUACCACAACAAGACUGCCCAGAAAUUUCAAAACAUGUAAAAACAUCUGAAACAAAACUAAACAGAGAAGCAGAUUGGUUUAACAGCCAUUUUACUUCCUAAGAAAAGAGCAUAAUGGCAUAUAUAUUAUAUGCUGUAUGCAUAUGUAUAUAUAUGAUUUCAAUGUGGUCAGUAGCAGUGGUAGAAAGUAAAGAAAAGAAGUAAAAACACAUUUUUAUGUACAUCAUUUCUCAGUGGAUACUUCUUACUUUUGCUUAACUACAUUUGAGAGUGUUUAUCUGUACUUUCAGUUCUAGUCCAUUUUUGAACUGGACUAAAAAGCACUUCUUUUAAGGUUCAUAGGGUGAAUUGACGUCCAGAGUUUGGAAAACAAAAAUAUACAAAUAAAAACAGGUAGAAAAAGGA